AUGAAGAACAUUGAAAUCUUCGUACUGGCCGUGCUUUUGGCUUUCUGCUCAGCAAUUGUGCGGGGUUCGGUAGGUGACAGCUUUCUGGAGCAACCGUGUGGCACUGUUCCGAUUCACUCAUUCAGGAUUGUCGGAGGACACGACGCCCCAGUGGCCACCGCUCCAUGGAUGGCCAAGGUCAUUGGCAAAAGGGGUUUCCUCUGCGGAGGCUCACUAAUCGCAAAGCGCUUCGUACUGACGGCUGCUCAUUGUGUGGGCAACGAAGAUCUAAAAGUCCACCUUGGCGUACUCGACCAAGAAGCAAAGGCACAGAAGUUCGAUGUGGAUGGAAUGUUUGUCCAUACGGAAUAUUACCUUGGCAAACACGAUAUAGCCCUGUUGAGACUGGCCAAGCCAGUGCAAUAUGCUGAUAAUGUCAGUCCGAUCUGCGUGCUGCUGGACCCGCUUUUCAAAAACUUGGAUGAGCUCAUUAUCAAGUUCAGAACCUACGGCUGGGGCCAAACCCAAUCCAGCAGCUCUAGUCGCAUGCUCCAGAAAACAUCGCUCUUUAAUCUUCGCCGAGCUGAGUGCUCGGCACAGUUUCCGCACCAGGAGAUCGAUCGGAGUCACAUCUGCGCGGAACGAGCUAGUGCCAGCACUUGUACUGGCGACUCCGGUGGUCCUCUGACCGCCAUCGUUACCUAUCUUAGUGUCCCAACGGUGUUCCAGUUCGGAGUCACCAGCUACGGUUUUGAAAACUGCUCCCAAGCCACUGUCUUUACAAACGUAAUGGCCCACUUGGACUGGAUCGUUAAUACCGUUCGCCGAGAAGGGAAUCUGUAG